AUGGCACAAGAAAUGUCACCACAAAAGGAGGAAGCUCAAAACCAACCAAAGCGAAGAUUCAAAAUGAUGGCUCAAAAGAGUAAAUCAAAGCCAAAGCCAAAGCCAAACUAUGAUCGGAAAGCAAAGCACCCAGAUUAUGUCCAAUUUCGGUGCAAUGUCAACGCUUUCAACAGCAUCAUUACGGAUGUAAAAGACAAGCUGAAUGAAAGGCAGAAGAAGCUUCUCAAGAACACCCCAUUUUGGAACUUGAUUGAGGUGUUUUACAACCGAAGGAUUGACAUGAAUAACAUGAAUAAGUCAGACCUUGACUUAGUUCAGCUGCUCAAGAAGUUUGAUCCGGAUACAAAGUCCUUCAAAUUUGGCACCGAAGCAUUCAAGAUCACAGGCAAUGCAGUGACUCAGAUUCUAGGACUGCCAAAUGAAGGAAAAUCUGUCAAACUUGUCAAUGAUAGGUACACUUCUACCUUCAGAAUAAGGCACUUUGGAGAAAAGGGAAAACCAUCAAAAAAUCUGGUAGAAGCAGAAUUACUGAAGACAAUUUCAUUGGCAAACCAACCGAAGAAAGAAAAGGCCAAGGCAGAGCAAAAGAAAGAAGCUAAAGAAGAAGAAGAAGAAGAAGUUGACUACGACAAGGAGGUGGUCAGCAUAAUAUUGAUUCACCUAUGCAUGACACAUUCCUUUUUGCCAACGCUUCGUCUACUUUGCAUUGGAAAGUAUUUGAGCACUGUGUGA